AUGUCAGGCCCGACGUCAAGCCCAGAUUGGAACAGAAGUGGUAGUCCCGCCUACGGUACCUUUACUCGACCACCGUUCAACCCAAAUCCCACCAAAAGCCACGACAGUAAUGAUAGUGCUAUCGCACCCUCUAGCAAUGGCGGCGAGGAUGUCUCACCUACUGCGCGCAGGCCCUCACCUCAACGAAAGCCGUCAAGGCACAUCGAGUUCAGAAAGUACUUGAAGCGCCCUCAUAUGAUGGAAAACCAGAGAACGCUGAGCGAUGCAUUGAGGUCCGCAAAGAGUAGAGAGGAACAGGAGACAUUGCUCCCUGAGGAGGACUACGCUGGCGCUGACGGAUGCUUCAACGGUCAAGGCGAGCCAAUGCUUGAGAGAACUGCUAGUGCGCCCGAUCUGAACAAUAACAAGAAGACUUACUUCAAUAUCCACAGGAUACGACGCCUUGUCCUGGCAGUAAUUGAGGACCCGUAUACCGUGGAUCAGCUCCGAGAGCCUCGCAUGAACGUGCUCAUCGUAAAGCCAUUAGUGGAUCGCCUCUACGACGAAGAAGAUAUUUCCAUCGUGUACUGUCUGCUUGUCAAUCGAAUGCAGUUCCUUCGAGAGCAACAGUUUCAGCAACAUCAUCAAACCGUUGACCUAACGCGCGCGAAUCUUUGCGAGCUGGUUGCUAUGAAAGUGCUGCGACGGCACGACGAAGAGUCCACAGGCAAGGCUGGUCUGUUACUUCUGGCGCAAAUUAUGGUAGCUCCUUUCCAGCCGUUCCAAGGUGCGCCAGAUGAACGCUGUCCGCCGCGUCAUAGCUCAGAGUACCAGGGCCAGGGGGAUUAUGAGGGUAAACUAACAGCGCUGGAGGUGGCUAUCGUCUCCGAGAGUAAGGUAUUGCUAGCUGGUUCUGCAAGCCAAAAAGUCAUCGAUGCUAUAUAUCGCGGGCGUAUCGUGUAUACCCCCACUGUAUACAUGGAUAUCAUACCAGAUCAUUACAAGCACAAGCCCAUCUCCCUCUACGACCCACGGAAGGCGCCGACACUAAACCAGUAUCGUCUUAUGGUACCCAGAACACGCAACAUCAUCGAGGUGGUACAGUUCAUCACACUACUCGCACUCUACUGCUGGUGCAUGACUAUGCGCAAAGACCAUUUUCUGACUGGUGCCGAGAUCACGUUCUUACUGUACGGUAGCGGCUGGGUGCUCGAUGAACUUACAUCCUGUCUUGAGCAUGGCUGGGAAGUACACACGCAGGAGCUCUGGGCGUUCUUAGAUGUCACAUUUGCCGGCAUCUUCCUUAUAUACCUUGGCAUGCGAUGUCACGGGUGGAUGAUGGGUCAAGACGAGACGGGCAGACAAGCUCUCGACGUUCUGGCUGUCGCGUCGCCAAUCCUGUUCCCACGGAUCGCAUUCAACCUUAUGCCGGAGAACAUGUUGUUCAUUGCACUAAGAGCAAUGGUGAAGGAGUUCACCGCUCUCAGUCUAAUCGCUGUAUGGUGUUUCGGUGGCUUCUUGUUGGCGCUCAAAUGGCUGAGUAUAAGCAAUCCAGCAGUCGGCUACGAAGACUCACCAAACUCUAUCACCAUCUCAAAAUGGAUGCUUUGGAUCUGGUUCGGUCUGGACGGCACUGGCAUUGAUGAAGCUCCUGGUUUCCAUGAGAUUCUCGGUCCUACCCUAAUGGUCAUCUACGCCUUCCUGGGUAACACCCUAUUCUUGACAGUCUUGGUAUCGAUCUUGUCCAACACCUUUAGCAAGAUCGCCGCAGAUGCGACGGCAGAAAUCCAGUUCCGUCGCGCGGUGCUCACUUUCGAAGGUGUAAAAUCCGAUUCUCUGUUCGCCUAUCGACCACCUUUCAAUCUACUCGCAUUCAUAAUCUUACUCCCUCUCAAGUUCAUCCUAUCGCCACGAUGGUUUCACAAGAUCAAUGUCUCAGCGAUACGAAUCUUGAACUUCCCUAUCCUUCUUGCCAUCUCCCACUACGAGCGUCGUUACCUGUGGAAGCCACGGCGCCAACUCAGCAUCAAUGGUCCCGGGCCCUCAAAACGCACAACUUGGUUGCAGGACAUUGGAUUUUGGAGAAGCUGGAAACAGUUGAGUCCACAUGCCGAUUUGCAGGCUGUGUUUGAAGAAGAGCCACCAGCCGAUAUAGUGCAGAGAAUCGAAGAGGAAGAUGACCUUGAAGAUGCUAUACUUGAGAAUAGUUUUGCGGCAACGGGCAUGGGCACGAGGAGUUACAUCAAGAUGGCAGAUAUCAAUCCUUUGUCGGCUUACCCGCUUCCUACGCGCGCCUCUCUCCUCUCACAAUACCUGGGCAAAAGGUUAGAGGAUCUACCCACUCCAGCCGUCGUCCUCGACCGCGCUAUCAUACGACGCAAUUGCGAUGCCAUGCUCAACAUCUGCGCGGAACUCAAAGUUGGAUUUCGUGCACACGUCAAAAGCCACAAGACUCUUGAACUAUCAAAGGUGCAAGUCGGCGAAAGUGGUCCGGCGAACUUUAUCGUUAGCACAAUUGCUGAGGCCGAGAACUUGUUGCCGGAGCUGUGCGAUGCGCAGGCGAAAGGGAGGGAAGCUAGUGUCCUCUAUGGCGUACCCGUGCCUCAAUCUGGGAUUCCACGCCUCAUUUCCCUGGCCUCGAAGCUGAAACCCAGAUCUAUCAACGUAAUCAUCGACAACGAGAAUGCUUUUCUCAAAUUCCACAAACGACUUAGCACCUCUGAGACCAAAGUGGAGAUGGGAGUCUUUAUCAAGAUCGAUACUGGUUAUGAACGUGCUGGCAUCAAAACUUCCUCCUCGAACUUUUCUUCUCUAGUCAAAAGAGUAGUUGAGAAGAGUCAGGAACCAAAAUCCGUGUGUUUCCUGCAAGGUUUUUACUCGCAUUUUGGACAUUCAUAUGGUGGAUCAUCUGAAGAUGAUGCCGCAAAUGGCUUAAUUGAGGAGCUACUGGGCUUGGAAAAAGCGAUCGAGGCUGUCCCAGAGAGCUUCAGCGGAAAAUUGGUGCUCAGUGUGGGUGCGACGCCCACGGCGACGGCAGCACAGAACAUGCUAUCAAGUUCGAGUCCCAAGGUCCAGGAGUUUCACGACGUGCUUGGACGACUACAGAAAGACCAUGUCGUUGAGCUGCAUGCUGGGGUAUACCCCGUACUAGACUGCCAGCAAGUCGCUACACAUGCAAGACCACCAUCUACUUCUAGCGCAGCCACGUCAUCCUUCCAGCCUCUCGCUAAAUCGAACAUCGGCAUUAGAAUGUUGGUCGAAGUGACGAGUGUGUAUAACGAGCGGUCAAAGCCCGAGGCCCUCGUGUCAGCUGGCUCUCUAGCGAUGGGUCGUGAACCUUGCAAGUCUUACCCAGGUUGGGGCAUAGUUACAUCUGCUCUGGGCAAUGCCUCCGCCAAGCACAUAUAUGAUGAGCGGGGAGAUAAGACGGGAUGGAUAGUAGGACGCAUUAGUCAAGAGCACGGUAUCUUGACAUGGGAGGGCGAUAGAAGCGAAUGCAACGAGUUGACGAUUGGCGAUAGGGUUAUGGUUUGGCCAAACCAUGCAUGCGUGGCUGGUGCAGGAUUCGGAUGGUAUCUCGUGGUCGACUCAGAAUCAGAUGGAGAUACGGUGGUGGAUGUCUGGGUUAGAUGGAGGGGCUGGUAA